GAUGGGGUCAGAAAAAGGUGUGGCAGAAAAUUCCAAAGCCGGACAGGGAAAGCAUUGAAAAACACUACUUAAGCACUCAACUUCGUGAUAUCUUCUGGGCAGGACUCAAUGAUGAGAAAGUGACAAACCAUGAUCUCAAAGAUAUUGUAUGGGACCUGGAACUGUCACAAAACGUCAUUGAGGCCUAUAUCCAAAUAGAGGAGGAUAAAAUAGAGCCCAUGCAGACAGAGAGUCCACAGUACAUGUCCACAUGGACUUGGGCUUACAUGCAAAGCUUCCUAGAGCCAUCUUGGCACAGGUUCCUGUAUGAACCCUUACUUGAAAAACUCGGGAAAUGCAAUGUUCUUUUCUUCCCAAUUAUUUCACAAGAAGAGUUCCACUUCACACUUCUCACAUUUCACAAAAAUGAACGAAAGUGGAGACACUACAAUCCACUUAGAUCGUUGGGACGUAGAAAAGAAGAAAGGUGCAUUGACAUUGCUCGAAACUUUGUUAAUAUUGUUGAAGGGUGGCUAGAAUAUAUAAGACCUCAAGCACGAGUGUUCAUAGAAACAAAAAAAAAACCAACACUUGUGAAGCAAAAGGAAGGGCCCCCAACACUUGUACAAAAAGAUUUGACUCCAAAUGAAGAACUCACUCUCAAAUGGAUUAUGCAAAAUCCAUUGCAGUUUCCAUUUGAGGAUGACAUGGAAUGUGCUCAACAAAGUGCAUCUUCGUAAGAAUUGUGUCUACUCAACUAUUCAUUACAGUUUGAAAUCAUUCAAAAGCAAAAAAAACUAAUCUCGUAUU